AGCCAACAAUAACAUACAACAAAGAACUUUGCCAGGUCACAAAACCAUUCCCUUUAUAUUGACUCCUUUCAGAAACAGAAAAACAUUUCCUGUCAAUGUUUCACAAUCAUUUGCGCCAUAUUUGAAGCCCUCUUUACCCGAAAGAUCCAGCUUUUAAGAAAAUGAACGAUUUGGUCAUUUGCAGCCAAAAUUAAGUCACAGACGAAGCUAAUCAAGUGGAAAAAACAUAAAACUUUACUUUAUUGAUAAGUUAAACUCUAGCCGCCCACUUUACGGCCGCACCCUUUGAAACUCGAACUAAGCUUAAGAGCUUUUUAAUUUUUAUAUCCAACGUUAAGUAGAGUUUUUUGAAAAUAGAAAACUUUGGGCAUAACACUUAACCUUCAUCUUUGUUAAUUUCUCCCCCGCAUGGCUGUUUCAUGGGUAAUGCGCCUUUCAGCAUUUCAUGUAUUAGACCCCAUUAAAAAUCAUUGAAAAAAUCAUCGAAUUUAACUGGCAAAAACAUAAAAAUUGUCCCGGACCCUUCUAUUUUCAGCCCACUUUACCCACUCCUUUUGAAAUAGUCGAGGUCCUGAUGGUGUGGGGGCGUAAAGCUUGAGUGAAGUUUGAAGGAUUCAAGGCUAGGUAAGGAUCGGUUCAGUCUCAAAAGAGACCACUUAAAGGAAAUUGAAGUCAUGUCGCGACAUGACUAUAAUUUCAGGCCUUAUAGCAAGCAUUUAUGCUUAAGCUAUUUUCACUCAUAGUAACUUUACAUUUAAUCAACCUGUCGUUUUGCAUCUCUUUAAAAUAAGUAUAAAAGUACCUUGGUUAUCGUCGAAACGAAGUGACAUUCUUUGCCGACGAAAGAGGAAUAAACUUUCAACAAAGACAGAACAUGAAGCUGGUAAAGUUCGCGUUGUGUUUGGCAAUACUGAUUGCUUUGACAAAGAACGGAUAUUCGACAGACCCAGCGUGGAAAACGCUUUCAGAUCCAGACGACAAUGCAGAUGAAGAUGCUGGAGGUAGUCUGCAUGUUAAAUCAGCAACAUUACGGGCUAGUGCUCAGGCUUUUCUGACCAAGAGGCGCACAACAGGAGAAAGAAUGCGUUAUGACGUCAGGUCGCUCCAUCAUUGCGUGAAAGAAGUGCAAGUUUACCCUGGCAAUGGUAAUCAACUCUACAAGCACUAUAUAUGCCAUACUCACAGCACACUAUGCGCGGACCAUGGAUACCUUAAGAACAGAUGUGAGCCUAGUGGCUAUAUUUACAUUCCUGCUCUGAAAAAGACUGUCACAUCAGGUUGUAAGUGUAAGGCUGAUUGAUGAGGGUGGGUACUGACGUUGAAGCGAGAAAAACAUCAACAUCAUCAUCUUUUAUUUGCCAGUCAGUAAAUAAUAAUGACAAUAAUAACGAGGAGUAUU